AUGGCAAUGGCUCCUCAACAUAUACAAUUAUUGCAAUCAUUUCGAAAAGUCAUACCACCACUUUUAUUUGAUACACAUAAAGGUGAAGCUGGUCGUAUUGGUGUUGUGGGUGGAAGUGAAGAAUAUACAGGUGCACCAAUUUUUGCUAGUAUGGCAGCAUUACGAACAGGUGCUGAUCUUGUUCAUGUUUUUUGUGCAAAAAAUGCUGCUAUACCAAUAAAAAGUUUUUCACCUGAUCUAAUUGACUCAAAAUCUUUUUCGGAUGAUAUAGGUAAAUGGUUACCACGUUUACAUGCAUUAGUUAUUGGUCCUGGAUUAGGACGAGAUGAAAACAUUUUAUCAAAUGUUGAACAAUUAAUUGGAAUUUUACGUAAACAAGAGCAACCAAUACCAAUUAUUAUUGAUGCUGAUGGUCUUUAUUUAAUAACUGAAAAACCUCAUCUUAUAAAUAAUUAUGAAAAUUGUAUAUUAACACCAAAUAUUAUUGAAUUUGAACGCUUAUAUGAAAAAGUAGCUGGUGCAAAAUCUGAAGAAAUAAAAAAAGAAGAUGAUAAAAAAAAAUUAGUCCAAAAAUUAGCUGAAGCACUUCAUGUUAAUGUUCUUAUGAAAGGACAUUUAGAUACAAUAUCAUCACCAAAUAAUCAAGAACCAAUACAAUGUGGUAUUGAAGGUUCACCAAGACGUUGUGGGGGUCAAGGAGAUUUAUUAGCUGGAGCUUUGGCUGUUUCAUAUUAUUGGGCAAUAAAAAGUCGUGACAAAUUUGAAUAUCAAGCAUCGAAUUCAGAGAAAUCACCGAUAACUAAUGAACGUCCACAUUAUUCAUUGAAAUUAACUCCAGCUCAAGUAGCAGCUUAUGCUGCUUCAACACUUGUUCGUACUGCGAGUCAAACAGUUUUUAAUAAACUUGGUCGUGCAAUGAUCAGUGCAGAUGUAUUAAAAGAGAUUGGACCAACAUUUAAUAAAAUUUUUGAGAAAUAA